AAUAAUCAAGAUUUUGAAAGAUAAACAUAUGAAUUAUUAGAAGGUUCAAUAAUUUAUAAAAUUUAAAGCAUGAAAAAAAUAUUCUAAUAAACAUAAUACAUCAAUUCAUAAUGAGAUAUAAAAAUAUGGUUUAUAAAAAGCUAUUGCAUUUUUAUAGAAGAGAAUUUUCUCUUGAAAGAUACAAUAAAUUAUCAUGGCAAAUAAGAAGAUUUUCAAAUCACCAAAAUUUAUAUAAAGAAACCUAUACAACAGUAGAGAAAAAAGACAUUAUUAAUGAAAAGGAUUCUAAAAAAGAUUUUUUUAAAACUAUCGAUAAAGAAUUAGAUCAAAUAUCUAAAGAGACAGAACUCUAUCAAUAUUUUUCAAAUGGAGAAAAAUUCAAAGAAACACUUAAAACCGUACUAUGGAAAUUUAAAGCUCCUAUACGUUUCUCAUUUGCAUAUGGAAGUGGGAUCUUUAAGAAGAAAAGGAAUGAUAAAAAACCAAUGAUCGAUUUUAUUUUUGGAGUAUCUCAUGCACAGCAUUGGCAUUCUCUAAAUCUAUUAUAUAAUAGAGAUCAUUAUUCAUUUUUAAAGCAUUUUGGAAGCUAUUUUAUAAGUUAUUUGCAAGAAAAUAUCGGAGCAAAUGUAUAUUAUAAUCCAUAUAUUGAAAUCAAUGACAUGAUAAUAAAAUAUGGAGUAAUCACAAUUGACGAUCUUUGCAAAGAGCUUACAGAAUGGAAUACACUAUAUCUUUCUGGUAGAAUGCAUAAACCCAUAAAAAUACUUAGAGAUGAGCCUCGUGUCAGAAUUGCGUACAACAUAAACUUAAUUGCUGCUUUAAGACUAGCAAUGCUAUUACUUCCUGAAAAAUUUUCAGAAUAUGAACUAUAUUCUACAAUUUCUAAAUUUUCAUAUACAGGGGACCUAAGAAUGGAAUUUGCAGAAAAUCCGUACAAAACAGAAGCCAUUGUAAAUACGCAAAUAUGGGAUUUUCAUCAACUAUAUUUUCCUUUAAUAAAUAAGUUACCAAAUAUUCAGGUUAUUUCUAAAGAACAAAUUGGAACAACAAAUAAAAUCCUCGUUCAAGAUUUUAAUCCUACUUCAAGAGCAAAUAUGAUUCAACAACUUCCUAAAAAAUUCAAAGAUCGUUUAUAUUAUGCCUAUAAUCAAAAACCAAAAUAUAAAGAAAUAAGUCAUAAAAAUAAAUUACAUGAAAAUCAUGAUAAUUCUUUUGAAGAAAUGAUAGUAAAAGACGCACAUUUUCACAAUGAAAUAACGAAGGCGAUUGAAACAACAGUACGUUGGCCUAGUAUUUCACAAAGUCUUAAAGGAAUAUUAACUGGAGGAAUAAAUAAAAGUUGGAGGUAUUUAACUGAAAAAAUAGACAAAAACGUAAAUGCUAAAAUGUCAUAA